AUGACUCAAAAUCUCGACAUGGAAGAACCAACCUACGACUCCAGCCGCCCGAUGACCGACCUCCAGACGGUAUAUCAAUACAAAUUAUCUAACUGCCCAGGAAAGAGUAUUGUCGGUAUGACUAUUACAUUCCCGCCAAACGGUUCAACUCCACCUCAUCGCCACGGCAUUUGUUCAGUCUCUGCGUACGUGAUCAGUGGCACGGUGUACAACAAAAUGAACGAUGACCCGAUGAAGGUUAUUGAGGCCGGUGGCACCUGGUAUGAGGCCCCCGGCUGCCAUCACCGCAUUAGCGAUAAUGCUAGCAAGACUGAGCCGGCGGUGGUUUUUGUUUCAAUGAUUUUGGAUACCGAUGUACUAGAGCGAGAUGGCAUGGCUGCCCUUAUGCAGAUUGAUCCAGAAUAUCUUUGA